AAUUGGUUGAUUCAACCGCAACAACUUGGUGAUCAAAGGAGGGAGGCACGGCACCACGGCGUGGUCCAUGCCGAUCGGUAAUGCAGCUUCAACACCAGCAAUGACCGCGCGCGUUCCACGUCUCCCCCUACGCAGACUAACAGGCUAGAGAUUCCUUGAUACAGCUCCUCACCAUGGUGACCGCUCCCUCCGCUUCCUGCUCACUUUUCAAUCUCCUUGGGGCAGCGCAAUCUACAGCAGGUGAUCCUCCAGAUAACAAUUGCAAUGCUGACAUCGUGGGCUGUCGCUCUUGGCUGCAUUGCUGCAUUCACCACUGUCCCUGUUGCCGCGCGCAAUCUUGCUGAUGAUGUGUACGAUUCGCAAGCUCAAGCCAUCGUGGACGGCUUCAGCAUCGCUGAAGUACUGGGCCAGAUGACCCAAAUAACUAUCACUCAAGUGCUUAACAGCGAUUACUCGUUGAACGAAGACUCAGUGCGCACGUACGCCAAGUUGUAUGUCGGUUCGUACCUCAACACGCCGUGGGGCAGUGAGAUUGACGGUAAGUGGGGUUGGAAUGCAACGGAGUGGCGCGCCAUCGUCACCCGCAUCCAGGCGAUCACAAUGGAGGAGAACGGUGGUCACCCCAUGGUAUACGGCCUCGACUCGGUGCACGGAGCCAACUACGUCGCUGGCUCGGUCCUGUUCGGCCAGGAGAUCAACAGUGGGGCAAGUUUCAACCCCGACUUGGUCUAUGAAGUCGGUCGGAUCACUGGUCGCGAUACGGAGGCGGCUGGAAUUCCUUGGGUCUUUGGUCCUAUCCUCGAUCUCGCGCAAAACCCUCUGUGGGCUCGCACCUACGAGACGUUCGGUGAAGACCCGUACUUAUGCUCAGUCAUGGGUGACGCUAUUAUCCGAGGACUGCAGAGCAAUAACCAGACAGCGGCCUGCAUGAAACAUUUUGUGGGUUACUCCAAGACCCCCACUGGACACGACCGCGAUGGUGUAACCAUGGCAGACUUCGACCUGCUCAAUUACUUCGUCCAGCCCUAUCAAGCUGGAAUUUCGGCUGGUGCUCUGUCGACCAUGGAGAACUACAUCUCCAUCAACGGUAUCCCGGUGGUUGCCAACACGAAGAUCCUCGAAGAUCUCGUUCGCAAUGACCUCAACUAUGACGGUGUGGUAGUCACCGACUGGGCCGAGAUCAACAACCUGAAGGACUGGCACCGUGUUGUGGAUACUUACGAGGAAGCUGUGCGUUUGUCGCUCACGCGUACAGCUCUUGAUAUGAGUAUGGUUCCCUAUGACACGGAGUUUAUCACCCACGCUACUACAAUGUUAAGCAGUUUCCCUGAAUACGAGAGUCGAUUGCGGGAAUCGGCCAAACGAGUGAUCAAGAUGAAGCUCAAGCUCGGUUUGUACGAGACUCCAGUGCCUGGUGCCAGCAACGAAUUCCUAGUUGGUAACGACGAUGACAAGGCUGUGGCGUUGGAUUUGGCACGGGAAUCUAUUGUAUUGCUCAAAAACAACGACAACAUCCUACCAUUGUCAAACGGAUCUUCGGUUUUCCUAACGGGUCACUCGGCAGACAACGUCGGAUAUCAAUGCGGUGGAUGGAGCAUUGCAUGGCAGGGAUACUCCGGUAACGACAUGUACCCGAACGGUAUCUCGGUGCGUCAGGGUUUAGAAAACGUAGUUGGCAACAACUCGUUCACGUACUUUAACGGACUGAACGCGGACGGCACGUACUCGGACGCUGACCUCGCUACGGCCGUGAACCUCGCAAGCCAGCACGAAUACACUAUCGCUGUUAUUGGCGAGGAUACGUAUGCUGAGAAACCCGGAGACAUUGACGAUCUCGACCUCCCUGCUGGUCAAAUUGCGUACGUUGAAGCGCUUGCUGCUACUGGUACCAAGGUCAUCCUCGUUCUGUUCGAGGGCCGCCCACGUCUACUUGGAUCACUCCCGGACAUGGCGAGUGCUGUUAUCCACGGGCUGCUUGCAUGUGAACUGGGUGGCCAAGCUUUGACGGAGAUUGUGUACGGGCAAGUGAACCCAAGUGGACGUCUUCCACUCACAUACCCCAAGGACUCAGGCAAUGUAAUGAUCCCGUACAACCACAGGGUGACUACAAAAUGCGUCGAUGACACCGGCUCGUAUGUUGACUGUGAAAUGCAAUGGGAUUUCGGUACUGGAUUAAGUUACACCACUUUCACUUACUCUGCGCUAACGCUGAGUAAGACUACGGUGUCUGGACCCGACGACGCCUUGACAGCAUCAGUAUUUGUGACAAACUCGGGCUCGGUUGCUGGCAAGGAGACGGUUAUGCUGUUCGUGGUCCAGCCGUACCGCUUGAUCUCCGUACCCGAAGUCAAGAUGCUGCGCAAGUUUAAGAAGAUCAGUCUAGAGCCUGGUAUCACCGAAGAGGUCACCUUCACCCUUACGGCCGAUGACUGGAGCGUCUACGACCCUCAGAUUGGCAGCGGCUUCAACCAGGUUGCCGAGGACGGCACCUUCGUUGUGGCGAUCAAGCCUGAGACCGAUUGCGACGUGUAUAACACGAUCACCAACGAACUCUGCGCGCAGUUCACGCUCGAUACGGGAAGUGUCAACUUUGGUAUCAACGGCACAACCUCGCGCCGCCGUUAAUGAUAUUUUUCGUGGUGCCUUGUGCGACGAAUAUCUGCAAAAUCUGUACAGUGUACGGGGGUAAACCCAUGGAGAUUUCGCUGCCGAUCUGCGGUUUCGUGUGCUAUCGUUGAAUCUAAAGCAAAUCUUCUUGUAUGAUACUGGCGCGUUGUUGUG